AUGGACGUUGCGAUUUACCUCAAAUCACCUACUCAAGAUGAGAUGCAACUGCACAUACAGCACAUGUCCACGCUUGCCAAGACACGAUGUCUCCUAUGCGGUGAACAGGUGCAAGACAUCCAACACUGGCGACGACACAUGGCGCAGCGGCAUGACUCUCAGAAACAGCUUGUCCAGAGUCUAGCUCAAUCCGAAACACUGCUACAAGCACACGUUGCGCGACCUUGCUGCUGGUGCAAUGUCCACUUCCCAAAGUCUGCUCGAGAACACAGACGUAAGUGCCUCCCUUUGCUGCAGCUCUGCCUGUACCAUGACCUCCACGUCAGUGGAGACCACGCCAGAGCAACAGAUGGCGGCAGUGUGGGGCCUCAGCUCACCACUGGCGACGACGCCUACACCACAGAGACAAGCGGGACGCCGCAAAAGUAUCGAAAGGGCAUGGGCAAGGGCGCAGGCAAGGCACCUCCCAAGGCAAAACGGGAUCGGGACCAGGAAGCAGAAGACGAGUUGAUGAUGGACCUGGAGUCGCUGGACGAGGAGACGGUGAGAACGGCCUUGAAAACCUUGGUCAAAACAGCACUCAGACACGAACACCAACUGACGAUCUUGGAGGCAGACCGGAGCUACGUGUUCUUCCUGGACACGACGAACCACGGCAUUGUCUCCAUGCUGAUCCAGGCCAGCGCAACAUGGAACACAAAGUUCGAGGAAGGCACGGUCAACACCUCGCUGAGGGCCACGCUAUGGGGAGUACUACUCAUGGAAUGGAAAGCACGCCUCGAGAAAAUCGAGUCCGACACCAAGGUACUACAGGUAGCAGAAACAGCAGGAUGGGCAACGCGGUCUCCGCUCCAGUGGAUCUACAACGAGUGGAAUCCGGUACAGAAAAAGGCGCUACCAUCAAGUCGGGACAACCUCACUCACGAGGACGCAAAAAAGGCAGUCAACCAGCUCAUCACAAACACCGCCAAGGACAACACAGUGCACCGGUUCCAAAGCCUACGACCACUGAAGCCGGACCUGCAGGCGGAAGUGAUCACCAUGGUCCUGACGCUCACUGUCCAUCAACAGGCGGCAGCCGUCUACCACGACCUGGACCUCUUGGCAAACAACUGCGCGGGCAAGCUGAUCGGUCUACGCUUGAGACGGGAGCGAGUGGGCAAGACGGCGCUCACCAAGGAGCUCGAGAGACUGCAGAUCUAA